AUGGACUUCCUCAAAAGCAUCUUGUUUGCAUUACUGUCGUUCAUUAUUACUUUCGCUCUUUCAGCACCGGCUAUUGUAACGACUGUCGUUACAGUCACUGCCCCAGAGGCGACACCAUCAGCAUCAGCAUCGACUCACGAAUCUGGAGGCGAAGAACACAUCGUCAUCAUCGACAAGAACGCACCAGUACCACCACAGGUCGCCGAAGUCCUCAAACGCCUGGAUCUGGAUGAAGGCCACUCCGAUGUCCGCCAUGUCUUCAACAACAGCGCAUUCCAAGGCUUCGCCGCAUCGAUGAAAUCGCACUGUCUCGAUCUCCUAGCCAACAUGUCCGACGUCUCCAUGGUCGAAAAAGCCGUCACGGUCAGCAGAGCAGACAUGGCCCGCCACGACGCCCCAUGGGGUCUGCAACGAAUCUCGACAUCUUCUGAUUUCGCCGGUAGUCCCCAGGACAUGGACUACACAUACACUUACACCGACAACAAUCUCGGCGAAGGCUCCGACGUCUACAUCAUCGACACAGGCAUCUACACCUCGCACAACGUCUUCAACGGCCGCGCCUCGAUGCUGUGGUCCUUCGACGGCGACAUGGACGACAAAGACGGCCACGGCACGCACGUAGCAGGCACAGCAGCCGGCUCGAUCCUCGGCGUCGCCUCCAACGCCAACAUCUACGGCGUCAAAGCCCUCGACGCCGACGGCGGCGGCUGGUCCUCCAACGUCGUCGCCGCCAUCGACUACGUAAUCCAACGCCACGACUCCCAGAAGAAAUCCACCCCCAACUCCAACUUCGCCGGCAGCGUCAUCUCCAUGUCCCUCGCGACCUCCGAACCCGUCACGGCAAUCACCCAAGCCGUCACCGCCGCCCUCUCCGCCGGAAUCCACACCAUCGUCGCCGCUGGGAACGCCGCCACAGACGCCUGCACCUCCUCGCCCGCCUCAUCAGGCGGAACGCACGGCUCCGCCUUAACAAUCGGCGCCAUCUCCAUAACCAACACCCCGGCGUCCUUCACCAACUACGGCUCCUGCGUCGACCUCUACGCCCCCGGCGUCGACAUCGUCUCGAGCUGGAUCGGCUCCCCAAAUAUGGUCAACGUCCUCUCCGGGACGUCCAUGGCGACCCCGCACGUCACGGGCAUCGUGGCGGUCGCAAUGGCGGGGAACGCGACGCUGGCGAGGAAUCCGGGGCUCAUGAAGGAGUCGGUGAGGAUGGUGGCUGUGGAUGUCGGGAAUGGGGUGCUGGUGGCGAAUAAUGGGAUUCGGCAGGGGGCGAGUGGGAAUGGGAAGAGAGAGGUUGUCGAUGGGAAGGGCAAAUGGGAGAGGGCGUUUUCGGGGCUGGAUGCGUCGGGGAGUUGUAGGAGGGAGAGUGAGAGCACGACGGCCGCGUGGCUCUGCAAUGCGAGAAGAUGA